AUGCAACAAGAAAGAGUCUUGAUGAUGUCUUCAUCUUCUUCUUCCUCCACAGCCACAAGCAACAACGAAACCGACUCCUCCGACGAUUCUCUCAGCCCCUCCGCCUCCUCAAAAAGCUUCCUCCUCACCACUCUCCCUCCUCCCACCACCGGCGCGUACAAGCCACUCGCCGUCCUCUCCGCUCACCUCAGCUCUGUCUCCUCCUUAUCCCUCUGUGGCGAGUUCUUGCUGAGCGCCUCUCAGGGGAAAGACAUCAUCGUCUGGCAACAGCCAGAUCUCAAGAUCUUCUCCAAAUUCGGACAAGGAGACGGGUCAGUGAAGGCUUUAGUCAGCGUGGGGAACAAAGUCUUCACGGCGCAUCAAGACAGCAGGAUAAGAGUCUGGAAAGUGUCGCGGAGAAGCUCAGAGAACGCCUUCAGGCUUGUGGAUACGCUUCCCACGACGAAAGAUUACUUGGGGAAGUUUAUGAAACAGAGUAACUACGUUCAGACGAGGAGGAACCAUAAGAGGCUAUGGAUCGAACACGCGGAUAGUAUCUCGUGCCUUGCGGUCCACGGUGGGAUAAUCUACUCAGGGUCGUGGGAUAAGACGCUUAAAGUGUGGAGAUUGUCGGAUUUAAAGUGUCUUGAGUCUAUCAAGGCGCAUGAUGAUGCUAUUAACGGUCUUGUUGCUGGUGAUGGGAGAGUGUACUCUGCUUCUGCGGACGGGAAGAUCAAGAUUUGGGGGAAAGAGAAGAGUUCUUCUUCUUUGUCACAUGUUCUGAAGACGACUUUGGAGGGUCAUGCGGAGGUUUCGGUGAAUGCAGUGGUGGUUUCAGGAGAGGGGAAGUGGGUUUACGGAGGAGGGUCAGAUGGGUUUGUGAUGGGGUGGGAGAAGAGUGAGAAAGGAGGAGACUUUGAGGAGUGGAGAUUAGGGUUUGAGAUGAGAGGGCAUAAGAUGGCGGUUUUGUGUAUGUGUGUGGUUGGGGAGAUGGUGUGUAGUGGAUCUGCUGAUAAGAGUAUUGGGUUGUGGAAGAGGGAAGAGAGUGGCAGGCUUUGUAAAUUUGGAGUUAUACAAGGGCAUGAAGGUCCGGUUAAAUGCUUGCAAGCUUCUCCCAAUAGUGUUGGUGCUGGGUUCAUGCUUUACAGUGGAAGUCUUGACAAGAGCAUAAGGGUUUGGUGGGUUUCAAAACAGGACAAUGUAGAUGAAGAGAUGAAGAAAACAAGUUUUAAGACAUUGUUGAUGCAACAGGGAUGA